ACUCUCAGGAUAAACUGAGCAAACUGCGUCGUAUCAUCACUGACGCUAUAAGCAAGUAAUGUGUCUGUCACAUGGUUAAUCAGUAAGAUUGUUUGAAAAAAGAAAAGGGUCGAGACCUAACUUAGACUCACAAACACAAACGAACUCCUUUACUUCUCAGCAAUGGCACUGAACGGGAAAGUUGCAGUAGUUACCGGUGGGGCGCAAGGUUUAGGAAAAGGUUUCGCUGAGGUUCUUUUGAAGAACGGAGCAAAGGUCGCACUCUUUGAUGUCAGUGAAGACUCGGGCGAUGCUACCAGGGCGUCAUUUGAGAAAGACUUCGGACCAGACAGAACUUUGUUCUGUGUUUGCGAUGUUACCUCAGACCAACAGUUCAAAGAUGCUUUCCAAAGGACCGUGCAGAAGUUUGGCGGAGUUGACAUUGUUUGCAACAAUGCUGGCAUCAUAAACGAGGGGGACUGGGAGAAAACCGUGGCCAUAAAUCUGUGUGGAGUGAUCAGAGGAACCUACCUGUCCCUGGACCACAUGAAGAAGGAGAGGGGGGGCAGAGGGGGUGUUAUUAUCAACAUCGCCUCAAUGGCAGGUCUGGGUCCCCUGCCGACAUGUCCCGUCUACACUGCUACCAAACAUGGGGUGAUGGGCUUCAGCAGAGCCGUCGCGAUGGCCUCAGAAGCUGCUGGUUACGGCGUGAGGGUGAACAUGAUCUGCCCCAUAUUUGUGCAGACGGCCCUCCUGUCGAGUCUGGAGUCUGAGGAGGCGGCUGGGGAGUUCUACCCACUCAGGGACAUCAACACAAAGCUCCUCCAGACCUACGGCACUCUGGAGGUGUCUGAUGUGGCAAAGGCGUUUGAGAAGCUGAUCCUGGAUGACAGUAAAAAUGGAGCGGCUCUCUACGUAAACACCGAAGGCUCCGACUAUGUCAAGUUUCCCACUUCUCAGGAUCUAAGAGGGGGCAGUCCGUAACAUAGUGACUGUCACACACACACACACACACCUAAACACACACACACACAAGCGGGGGAAGCUUUGGGAUUUGUGGGGUGGGGUGGUGUGUCACAGCAUAUUCAACUUUAAACUUUAAUUUUAACACGAAUAAAAUGCACAAAAUUGCUUCUAAAUUGUACGAUAAAACAUAUCCAGUAAGAUUAUUUGUAAGUACUCAGAAAGCAUGGGAAUCCAAAAAUGGUUUACUUUAGUACCACAUUAAACGAACACCUGUGUAAUUUGUUGUUUCCCUGAGGGGAGAAUUUCCUGUCUGGAUUUCUGUAGUGUCUUGUUUGAGUCCACCUCUAAACCUCAGUUGAUUCAUGAUUUCUGUAGUGUCUUGUUUGAGUCCACCUCUAAACCUCAGUUGAUUCAUGAUUUCUGUAGUGUCUUGUUUGAGUCCACCUCUAAACUUCAGUUGAUUCAUGACCCAGCUGCUCGACGUCAGAAAUUGAAAAUAAUAGCUACAUGCUUCAGCUCAUAGCUAUGCUUAGACUUGCAGUCUCCCUUAGUGGCAGCAGAUGAGGACCCUAGACCUGUUCCAUGAGGACCAUUUACUGUACUGUAUUAGACCCUAGACCUGUUCCAUGAAGACCCUGUACUGUAUUAGACCCUAGACCUGUUCCAUGAGGGGUCCUCCGAUGAAGAAUUGAGCUGCUUUGACUAAAUGAAGUAGACCAGUGGUCCUCACAGCACCCUAAAGGCCUCCCUGGAACCUCCUCUUUUCCUUUAUUUGUAGGAAGCAUCUCUGUUCGGUUGCCAUGUUUGUCAUUAUUCCCUCUUUAUUAGGUCACCCAUAAUUACUAGCAGUUGUGGGUUGUUGUUGUUGUUUUUUCUUCUUCUUUUGGACCACAGUUGAAAGUGAGUCAUUUGUUUUGGGGCUUGUUUUGAUGAACAUUUCACAUGUGAAAUGUGGGGUGACACACUUGUUUAGUCUGGAUUUGCCCUUUUUUGGCCAUUUUGAGAUCUUGUGAGGGGCACUCGUGGUGUGUUUGGACAGGCAACAUCUGCCAAGUCUGACCCUGAAACAAAAUACCAUUGGUACAGUAUGUGUUCUCGUCUUCAGAGAAAUACAUUACAUACAUACAUUUGGCACAUUAAUAUGCUAAAACACACACAGAAGCAAAUCAAAUAUAAUUUGUCUAUUUGCAGAGAUACAUUACAUCUUUGCAUGUCUAAACGAAGCCUGGUUGCAAUAACAAUAACCAUGUUGAUUAUGUGACCGUGUUAGGAGAUCUAGAGGUUUAUAAACUGUAUCCUCUCUAUAUUCAAAGGUGAUUAUUCGAUUCUUAUUCCAUGAAGGAGACAUGUUUUUGUCAACAUUCCACCAGAUGGUGGACGUGUGAACAUAGUAUGGAGUGUCAGUAUGUCCUUGUAUUGGGAAAUUAUAAUAAAUAAAUAUAGACUUUAUAUUC